AUGGAGGCGCUGUGGGCUGCGCUGGACGAGGUAGCCCUGGAGGGGCUGGACGGCGUCACCCCCGGCGCGCUCUGGGACCGGCUGGCGGGCCGCGUCCCGCCCUUCCCGCUGCCCCUGGAGCCGGGCGCCCGGCAGCUACUAUGGGCCACGCUGGCUGCACAGGCCGAGCUCCGCUUCUAUUUGCUGCCGCAGCCGCGCCCGCAGUUGAGCCUCUUCGACCGUUAUGAGGAAAUCGAUCUUGAGACAGGAAUACUGGAGACCAAGCGGGAUCCCGUUCCAUCAAGCGACAUUUACCCGGUGCAUAUGAUUUUGGAUGAGGGCGUCCAGGGCUCCUGCCAGUAUUUGAAAGAGAGGCUGGACGUUACUGAUAGGAUCAGGACGAAGGACAUGCAGCCCUGUUGCACAUAUGUGGAGGCUUAUGAGAAUUGGGGAGAGAGGCUGGUCAUUGUUGCCUCCCAGGUAUUGCGCCACAGGGCACUAAUAGGUUGGGAAGGGGAUCCAGACUUAAAGCUUCCUGACUUCUCCUACUGCAUUUUGGAGCGAUUAGGACGAGCUCGCUGGCAAGGGGAGCUCCAAAAAGACCUCAGUGUGGCUUUUAAGGUAGAUGCUGGAAAGCUUCACUAUCAUCGAAAAGUCCUGAUCCAAAAUGGGCUGAUCUCUAUGCAGUCCCACGUGAUUAGGUUGCCCUCAGGGAUCCAACAGCAUUCCAUUCUUCUGCUGCUCAGCCGCUUUCAUAUUGACAGGAGGAGCAAAUACGAUAUUCUUAUGGAGAAGCUCUCUGGCAUGCUGAGCAACCGGCCAGGUCAGAUGGAAACACUGGGCAAUAUAAAGGAGGAACUGGGACUCUGUGAAAAAACCUUUAAGCGCCUCUACCAGUACAUGCUGAAUGCCAACUUGGGCAAGAUGGUCUCUGUUCCGCUGCAGGAUGUGUGCUCUGACGGGAGGCCUUUCAAGACAAAGAAGGGAACACAAGUCAUGGUUCGUUGUUUAAAGCUAGUGAAGGAAUAUCAGAAGAAGGUGGCUGACUUUCAUGAUGAUGAUGAUGAAGAAAUGAUUGCCAAAACUGUGCAGCCUGUGGACAUUGUGUAUGAAAAGGACAUGCUGGCACAAGCAUAUGAGCUGAUUGAAAGCUGGGGGACUAAAGGUAUUUCUCAGGCAGAACUUCGAGCUGCAAUGAAUGUGGGAAAGCUGGAAGCCCGCAUGCUGUGUCGCUUGUUGGAGAGAUACAAAGUGAUCAAGGGGUUCAUGGAGGACGAGGGUAGGCAACGCACAACCAAAUACAUUGCAGGGACGUAUGCAGAACAGAGCGAUCUGAGCCAGCAGUAUGAGCGGGAGAAGGCUCGGAGUGAGAAGCUGGCUCAGGCCAGCAUAGCUUUUGCACCUGGUGAGACUUUGCCUGGAGAAGGGCUCUUGCUGGCAGAGGAGGAAGAGGAGGAGGAGGAAGAAGAGGAGGAAGGGCAGGCAGUGCUCCUGGAACUGGAGAAGGAAGAGGAAGAGAAAGACGGUGCAAGGCAGAAGAAGGGCAAUGCACAGAAGAGUUGUGAUGAAAAAAAGAGAGAGAAGAGCUCACAGGCACCGCCAAUGGAGCGAUCCCAUGAGACCUACCGCCUGCUGAAACGUCGGAACCUCAUCAUCGAGGCAGUCCAAAAUCUGCGCUUGAUCGAGAGUUUGUUUGUGCUUCAGAAAAUGAUCAUGGAUCAGGAAAAACAAGAAGGGGUCGCCACCAGGUGCUGCAAGAAAUCCAUUGUUCGCUUAGUCCAGAAGCUCUCCCAGGAAGGCCUUCUGCGCCUCUUCCGCACGACUGUUAUCCAGGAUGGCGUCAGCCGCAAGGUUGAAUUUGUGGUGGAUCCAUCUGUGACUCCCGGUGACCCCCUGGUAAAAAGCGCCAUUGAGCAAGUGCGUUUCCGGAUCUCCAAUUCAAGUUCUGUGAACAGGAUCAAAGUUCAGCAGACGUCUCCAGAUCCAAAAGAACAGGAGCCUGGAGCUGGGACCACCGUGAAGGAAAGGAAAGAUUGCUCUUUUUCUUGCCAAAGUGAGAUAGUUGGUGAGAAGGUGUGCAUCGCCAAAUUCAACUACCAUCCCGUUACAGUGCCGGGCCUUGGACGCUCCCUGGGCUUCCUACCCAAAAUGCCGCGCUUAAAGAUGACCCACAUCUUUGUCUGGUACCUGAUCUAUGGACAUUCUGUCAGCUUGCGGAGGAGGAACCCUGGCUGUCACAUGCUGGGAGAGGACACAGGCUGUGCCUCCUCCUGCUCUCCACUUGACCCGGCAGAUGACAAGGAGUCUCUGCGAAGCCCAGAGGUUCCUGCCCAAGAAGGAGAUCUGGAGCUGGGAGAACAGAAAGUGUAUGUGGAUGAGGCCUCCUGGAAGCGUCACAUCCCUCCUCAGCCAGUCCACCGGGAGUUUGGAUACGGCUGGGCACUUGUUAGUGACCUUCUUCUGUGUCUGCCUUUGUCCAUCUUUGUCCAGAUAGUGCAAGUCAGCUAUAAGGUAGAUAACCUGGAAGAUUAUUUGAUGGACUCUGUGAGGAAACAUACACUCAUCAGAAACCUUCCCAGAUCGGUUCGACAGCAGCUCCUUUACAAGCGGAGGUACAUCUUUUCAGUAAUGGAAAGCCUACAGCGGUUAUGUUAUAUGGGAUUACUGCAGUUUGGCCCCACAGAGAAAUUUCAAGAAAAAGAUCAGGUGUUUGUGUACUUGAAGAAAAGAGCGGUGAUUGUGGAUACCACCAUCUGUGAACCCCAUUACAACCUGGCUCAAAGCAGCCGCCCAUUUGACAAGCGCCAUUAUACCCUGAGCACUCUCCAGGAUGUGGAGAACUUCUGGUUUGACCUGCAGUAUGUCUGCCUCAACACACCCCUCGGGAUUAUUCGCCAGCCCCGUGCAAAAAGGAAUGGAGCUCCAGCUGGGGAGGCUGACACUCUCUCAGAGGUAGCGCUGGAGCAAGAAUCAGCAGCCCACAAACACAACCUGGAGCGCAAGUGUGCCAUGCUGGUGUACACAACAGGACGCCGAGAGGUGGAGGAUGAGGGCUCUGUCCCGGGGGACGGGCUUGGGGCAGGCGGUUUAGACUCCAGCUUUUACAGCCACUUGAAACGCAACUGGAUCUGGACAAGCUACAUCAUUAAUAAGACUAGGAAGGAAAAUGCAGUUUCUGAAGCCGGGCACCUGGUCAGGCUGCAGACCUUCCUGCCCAAGCGCUCCCUGCCAUUUGGCCCAGGAGGUGCCCAAAGUGCUCUCUGGAAAGAGAGUCUGUUAACUUCAGAACCUGCUCUACAGAAAGAAGACCUGGCAAUUGAGAAAGAGGCAAACCUGAACAGAAGCCAGAGAGUGAGGGGGGGGAAGAGCCAGAAGAGGAAGCGGCUGAAGAAGGACACAGUGAAGAGGACAAAGAAGAGGAAGAGAAAGAGAGACGAAAAUCCUGAGGCGAAGAACCAAAAGCCACGCUACCACGAUGAGGUGGACCGAAGGGCCCUGCAGAGAAUGACCCGCCUGCGUGUGACAUGGACCGUGCAGGAGGACAGCCUGCUAAUGCUCUGCCGCAUUGCAAGCAACAUUCUGAAUGCCAAGGUGAAGGGGCCGUUUGUCCCCUGGCAAGUGGUCCGAGACAUCAUGCAUGGCAGCUUUGAGGAAUCGCUAGACAAGACUUCUCAUUCUGUUGGACGGCGGGCCCGCUACAUUGUCAAAAACCCCCAGACCUACCUCAACUAUAAAGUUUGCCUUGCUGAAGUCUACCAAGACAGAGCCCUGAUUGAGGACUUCAUGAACAGGAAGAGCGACUACCAGGAUCCCAAGGUUUGUUCUGAAGAGUUCAAGGACUUUGUAGAGAGACUGAAGGAGAAGUUCAGCUCCACGCUGGGGAUUCCCAGGCCAGCCGUUCCAGACACCUUGCAGGAGCUUUUCCUCAGGUUCCGGGUUCUGGCUAUUGGAAAUGAAACCAGCUGUGGCAGAAAAGAAGAUGAACUCUGCAGCGUGGCUGACAUACACUUUCUGGUGCUGCAGAACCUGAUCCAAAGCACCCUGGCCCUCUCCAACAACCAGAUGAAGUCCUUCCAGUCCUUCCAGACCUUCCGCCUAUACCGUGACUAUCAGGAUGACAUCCUAGUGAAAGCUUUCUUGGAUUGUCAGAAGAGGAGCUUGGUGAACCGCCGCCGGGGUAAUCACUGCCUGGGCCCCAAGAAAAGUCGGGCACUGCCCUUCGUACCCAUGUCUUACCAGCUCUCUCAGAGCUAUUACAGAGUGUUCACCUGGCGGUUUCCCAGCACCCUUUGCAGCGAAUCUUACCAGUUUCUCUUAAAACUCAAAGAAGCUGGAAAACAGGAUGCCAUUUCCAGCUUUUCCUUUAAGGAUCAAGACAAUCUCCUUGGGGCCGAGAUGGUAACGUUUCCUUUAGAUGGGCCUGGAGGCUACUGCUCUGCUCUGUUGGCCCUCUUCUCUCUCGGCCUGGUUUCUGUAGAUGUUGCAAUCCCGGAGCAGAUUGUUGUGGUUGACAGCACCAUGGUGGAGAAUGAAGUCAUCAAGAGCCUAGGGAAAGAUGGGCUGGAGGAGGAGGAGGAGGAGGAAGACGACGACGAUGAUGAUGUGGAGGAAAACCCAGUGAACAAGCGGCAGAUUGAGGUGAAGGCCCGACAGGCUUCACGUACUAACUACCUGCUCAUGAGAGGCUACUGUGCCCCAGGGAUCAUCAACACCCGGAAUUUGAGUCCCACAGACAACAUUGUUGUUGAUUCCUGUCAAGUGAAAGUGAGGCUGAGAGCAACACCUGCCCAAAAUGGCCUCUUGGCUGAAGUCCCAUCUGACUUGGAGAGCAUGCCGGUUGGAGCCUCUUGCCUCCCCAGUUCCUUCACCAAAUGUCUCAGGGUCCCAGAAGAGGGUGAUCCAAAACUUCAGUUGCUGGACCAUUACAGUCACAGCUCUGGAGAUGCUGCUGCAGCCCUUGAAAUCUUCUCUGCCAUAGAGGCCACUUCACACUUUGGGGUAGACCAGGUGAAUAUCGCCAGGCAGUUCCAGCAUUAUGAAGAAGCUGUUAUUGGGCGCACUCGAGUCUUGCGGCAAUAUCUUCAGGAUCUUCUUGAUUUGGAGCAGGUGUUGGAAGUAGGUGGAAAAACUACCCGGCUGGUGGCAAAGAGAUUUGCAAGUCCGUGGCUGUUGCAUUCUGUGGGUCUCAAGGACAUCAGUGAGAACCUUUCAGGCAAAGAGCCGCAUGCAAAGAGGGACCGUGCUGAGCAGGAACACGAGGAAGGAGACGCUGCCUCCUCUGCUGCAGCGGCAAGAGGAGAGCCAGCCAGGAAAAGGUCAAGAGGAGAGGGGGGGGAGGAGGAGGGGGUUCCAGAGACAAGGGCUCUUUCCUCAAGCUCCCCAUGCUGGGAGGAAGCCAGGACCCCUGCGGCGCAAGGAGAAGCUGCCACGCAGAAGUGCAGUAUGGGCAUCCCCUCCUGUAGGAAAAAAGCCCCGGCCCUCUCUGGCAGAGAAGUCUUGGAUGGGGGAAAGCCCAGCCAAGAGCCCCAUGAGGAUUCCUUGUCAUUCCAAGAGGAUAAUGAAACUCCCAGCGGAUGUGCGGCAGGGCAAUCUCUUCAGGCUGAAAUGAGACGCAGGGAUAGCAUCUGCUUUGUGGGGCGACCUUGGCGCAUUGUGGAUGGCAGUCUGAACAAGCCAGUCUGCAAAGGGAUCAUGGAAGGGGUGCUUGGCCACAUUAUGACAAAACCUGGCAUCACAGAAGCGGCCCUGCAGCACCACUACCUGGGCGUCUUGCAGCCAGUGGCUCUCCUGGAGAUCCUACAGGCUCUGGAGUCUCUGGGCUGCAUCAGGAAAUUCCACUUUGAAAGGCUGGCCGCUGCCGCGCUUUUCUCCAAGCCUGCCUGGGAAGAAGCAAUCGCCGGCGGCAAGCUGAGCGACGCUGCAGACGCUUUCUACGAGCCGGCCAUCGACUGCACCCUGAAAAUGGGCAGGGUCUUCCCCUACGAACUGAACUGGAACAAGUGGGGUCCGGGGGCGCCCCUGUGAGCUCCGGGGGCAAAUAAAGCAACUUUA